AUGGGGCUCGCCUCCGGGACCCCCGGGACCCCCUCCGCAGCCCUCGCGGUGGAGCGAGCAGACCUGCGUCCUUCAGCUUGCUGCAACUGGUGCGCUGCCAGCGUCUCGAGUGAAGAUGAAGCUCGUAACUUCACCUGCCUUCCAGGUAGCUUUUCCUCUGGUACCUCGUACUGGGAUGACCAGGCACGGUCCACAUCCUGGUACGUGACGGGGCACGGUGCCCUGCCCGGCUGUAGGUUUCUAGGAGAUCCCCAGCUGGUGGUGGCUAAAUCGGCAGGGUCUGUCUGGGAGCAUUCGUUCUUCUGCCGACUGACGGAAGAUAAGAAAUCUGAAAAGUUCUUUAAGGUUUUUUAUGAUCGCAUGAAAGUGGCACAGCAAGAAAUCAAGGCUACUGUCACAGUCAACACUAGUGACUUAGGAAAUAAAAAGAAAGAUGAAGACUCAGACAGAGAUGUACCGAGCAGAAAAAGAGUGAGAGAGCCUAUGACCCAAAUUACCGAGGAGGUCCGGGAUCAGUUACUGGAGGCCUCUGCAGCGACGAGGAAGGCUUACAACACUUACCGGAGGGAGGCUGACCCUGAUGACCAUUAUUCGGCAGGAGAAGGAGCACAGUCUGCGGCCGACAAGAGCAAAGAUGACCUGGAGAUGAGUGCUGUGAUCUCAAUAAUGCAACCCAUCCUCCGGUUCUUGCAGCUGCUCUGUGAAAACCACAAUCGAGAUUUGCAGAAUUUCUUACGCUGCCAGAACAACAAGACAAACUACAACUUGGUGUGCGAGACACUGCAGUUUCUGGACUGUAUCUGUGGAAGCACAACUGGUGGACUUGGACUUCUUGGUCUGUAUAUAAAUGAGAAAAAUGUAGCGCUGAUCAACCAGACGCUGGAAAGUUUGACCGAGUACUGUCAGGGGCCUUGCCACGAGAACCAGAACUGCAUUGCUACUCAUGAGUCCAACGGUAUUGACAUCAUCACAGCAUUAAUUCUCAAUGACAUCAACCCUUUGGGGAAGAAGAGGAUGGACCUUGUGUUGGAACUGAAGAACAACGCUUCAAAACUGCUCUUGGCGAUCAUGGAGAGCAGGCACGACAGUGAGAAUGCAGAGCGGAUCCUCUACAACAUGAGACCCAAAGAGCUGGUGGAAGUGAUAAAGAAGGCUUAUCUGCAGGGAGAAGUAGAAUUUGAGGAUGGAGAGAAUGGGGAAGAUCUUGCAGCAUCUCCGAGGAACGUGGGACACAACAUUUAUAUAUUGGCUCAUCAGUUGGCUCGUCAUAACAAAGAGCUGCAGAACAUGCUGAAGCCGGGAGGUCAGAUAGAGGGAGACGAGGCUCUGGAGUUCUACGCCAAGCACACGGCACAGAUUGAGAUUGUCAGGUCAGACCGUACCAUGGAGCAAAUCGUCUUCCCCGUGCCCAGUAUAUGUGAAUUCCUCACGAAGGAGUCCAAGCUGCGGAUAUAUUACACCACGGAGAGGGAUGAACAAGGCAGCAAGAUCAAUGACUUCUUCAUGAAAUCAGAAGACCUCUUUAAUGAGAUGAACUGGCAAAAGAAAUUGCGAGCUCAACCUUUCCUAUACUGGUGUGCUCGCAACAUGUCCUUCUGGAGCAGUAUUUCCUUUAACCUGGCUGUCCUUAUGAACCUGCUCGUGGCAUUUUUCUAUCCAUUCAAAGGAAUUCGAGGAGGUACACUGGAGCCCCACUUGUCAGGCUUGCUGUGGACAGCUAUGCUGAUAUCUCUGGCCAUCGUUAUAGCUCUUCCGAAGCCCCACGGCAUCCGAGCCUUAAUCGCGUCUACAAUAUUACGACUAAUAUUUUCAGUUGGUUUACAACCUACUUUAUUUCUUCUGGGUGCAUUCAACGUUUGUAAUAAAAUCAUUUUUCUGAUGAGUUUUGUGGGUAACUGUGGAACCUUCACUAGAGGAUACAAGGCAAUGAUCAUGGACGUAGAGUUUCUUUAUCACCUGCUGUACCUUCUGAUUUGUGCUCUGGGGCUCUUCGUACACGAAUUCUUUUACAGUUUGUUGCUCUUUGACUUGGUGUACCGAGAAGAGACCUUGCUGAACGUCAUCAAGAGCGUCACUCGGAAUGGGCGUUCCAUCAUCCUGACUGCUGUUCUCGCUCUCAUCUUGGUCUACCUGUUCUCCAUAGUGGGGUACCUCUUCUUCAAAGAUGACUUUAUCCUGGAAGUAGACAAGCUCCCUAAUGAAACGUUAUUGCCAGAUCGCACGGAACCAGGUGAGACCAUGACCGGAGAGUUUCUCUAUUCAGAUGUAUGCAAAGCAGGUGGCAGUGAAAACUGUUCUUCUAUCAUUCCUUCAGACCAACUGAUUGCUGAAGAAAUGGAGGAAGAGAAUAAAGAGCAUACGUGCGAGACGUUACUGAUGUGCAUUGUUACUGUACUGAGUCAUGGGCUCAGGAGUGGGGGUGGAGUAGGUGAUGUGCUCAGGAAACCAUCCAAAGAGGAACCUCUCUUUGCUGCUAGAGUGAUAUACGAUCUGCUAUUCUUCUUCAUGGUCAUCAUCAUUGUCCUUAACCUGAUUUUUGGUGUGAUCAUUGACACUUUUGCUGAUUUAAGGAGUGAAAAACAGAAGAAAGAAGAAAUUUUAAAAACGACUUGCUUUAUUUGUGGUUUGGAAAGAGAUAAGUUUGAUAACAAGACAGUCACAUUUGAAGAGCACAUUAAAGAAGAGCACAAUAUGUGGCAUUAUUUGUGCUUUAUUGUGUUAGUGAAAGUUAAAGAUUCGACAGAAUAUACAGGACCAGAAAGUUAUGUGGCAGAAAUGAUCAAG